AUGCGUAAAAACGAUGAAGGUGGUGGAAGUGGUCGUUUGUCAAGUUCAUGUUCAUCUAUUCGUAGUUCAAAUUAUUCAGUUCCUCGAUCCUAUACACCAAGCUUCAACACAUUCAAAUACUCUCCUUCAUCCUACACACCCAACAUCUCUCGUAAUCUGAAUUCAACGUCAUCUGGGUCGGCAGCCGACUCCCAUUCAUUGUCGGCGUCGGCCCCCCGUUCGCGUCUUUCGUUCACCACGCCCUCCUCAACUUCUACAAAUUUAUCGCGAACAACUUCUUCAUCUCACAAGACUUUAUACAGUAGUCCAGCAGCCGCUCGUGUCUCCGUCUCCACAAAUGACAGUCUAUCUCACUCAACGAUGGCGCCACAGAAUACAUAUCGUGGAAUCUCCAAAUAUAGUACAAUUGAACGAUCGACAGUUGGAGAAUCGAAAGCAUAUGCUUCAUAUUCAUCGUCUGUGACGUCAUCACUCUCGAAUUCAUACGAUAGAAGACCAUCUAGAAGUGAUAGGAUAUCAUCAACACUUCCAGACGUGAAAAUAGAAUCCGGACCCACGACAAGAACUCAUAUGGUACAUCCAACAUCUCAACAUAUCAGAAGUCGUUCCUCAUAUGGUCGAACGAAUACAGUUGCAAUGUUCGCUCAACAAGCCAGAGAACGAGCGGAUCGAGAAGAGAAAGAUCGAGAUUAUAAGGAAUGGAUGCAGAGAGAAAAAGAUCGAGAAUCUGAAUUAGGGCUCGAAUCUCUUCAUGUAACCACUUCAACGCCUUCAUCUGCUCAGACUGAAUUCAGAAGAUCUGUUGCUCCGAACACAACGUCAACAUCUACAUCUUCCUCAUCUUCUACUCCCUAUCGCACAACCCGAUAUUCAUCAGUGACACGUGGAUCCUCUUCUGUCACGUCUUCCGGACAGCCGCUGGAAGAUGUAAUGACAACUUCAUACUCAAGUGUUGCUGCAACUCCUCCACCAGCAUAUUCUCAACUUUCUACAUCUACAUCUACACUUUUGAGGAAUAGAAGAGAAAAAUUAGAACGAGAAGAAGAGAGUAGACACUCAUCAAUGACACCUCAACCAUCAUCAUUUGCAUCUGUUGCUGCUGGUCCACCACCUCCACCCCCUCCUCCGCCUCCACCAACAAAAGGAGGAUACUUGCCGAGGAGUGCUUCAGCUGCAGUCAUCACAUCAUCUUCUGUAUACAAACCAACUGCAAAAGUAUCGCCAUACGAAGAGGAUCGGGAGAAAGUUUGUAUCGUUGAGCAAGGGCACACUGGUCUCAGAAAUAUUGGAAACACAUGUUUCAUGAAUGCGAUUCUCCAGAUGCUUGUCAAUAACAUCGAACUUCGCGAAUUCUUCCUUCGGGAUCAUUAUCAAUCAGAGAUUAACGAGUCGAAUCCAUUAGGAUCGGAAGGUCGUUUGGCACGAGCAUUUGCAGAUUUCAUGCAUCAAAUGUGGAGUGGACGACACAAAGCCAUUGAACCCAUUCAAAUCAAGAAUAUCGUGGCCGAGAAGGCUUCACAAUUCGCUAAUUUCGCACAACACGAUGCACACGAAUUCCUCUCUUUCUUACUCGACGGAUUGCACGAAGACGUGAAUCGAGUGAAGAAGAAGCCGUUGACAGGAACAGUUGAAUCACACGGAAGACACGAUUUGGAUGUUUCGAAUGAAGCAUGGAAGAACCAUAUUCUGAGAAAUGACUCGAUUUUUGUGGACUUAUUCCAUGGACAAUUGAAGAGUCAUGUGCAGUGUCCAAACUGUGAUAGAGUAUCCAUCACAUUCGAUCCAUUCGUCUACCUUCCUGUCCCGUUCCCAAAACGAAAGAAGUCAACUUCUCUCAUUUUCUGGCCAUUGGAGAAUCAGGCCAAGCCAUACAAACUGACUGUCAGCUACUCCACCGAAGGAACUGUUGCUGAUUUCCUGUCAGCUGUCAGUGAAGUCGUCCGAGUGCCUUCACGAAAUCUGCGAGCAUGUGAAGCUCUGUGUCAUCGAUUCGAUAGAAUCUACACGUCUGAUAUGAAGGUGUCAGACAUCAUCUCACCAGAUUAUCUUUUCGUUUUCCAAACGCACGAUGAAUCAGAAUGCAACGAGGAAGUUGUCGUUCUACAUGUAGUGCAAAGAGAGCUUUAUCGAUCAUCACUGAAGUAUAUCUGCCAUGAAUGUGGAAAUUCAAAAGUGAAACUGAAGGCAUGUGAAGAGUGUUAUGAUGCUGUGUACUGUUCGAAAGAGUGUCAAGUUGCCAACUGGUCAACUGGAGGUCAUCGAGAAGUUUGCUCAAAGAGAAUGUCAAGUGAUCUAGUGGGUCAUCCAUUGAUAGUAUCCCUGCCACGUUCACAAUUGACUUAUCAACACUUGUAUCGAGUACUUGAAGCAAAGAGUCGUCAUACUGUAACUCUAUUCCAACAACCACAAUAUGAAGGAGAAGGACCAGAAGGUGAAUCACUGCAGGCUCCAUCGUCAAAGAAGAGAAAUGGAGUCGGAGCACCUCCAACAUUCCUUCAGCCACCUGGGGAGUCGUCAUCUGCUUCAAGUGUCUCCUCAACUCCACGUAGAAGAAGUGUAGCUGCAGAGCCACGUUCCAGGAAUCAAAAAAUGUUUGAGAUUCGGAAGUUGGCCACUCAAAAUGAUUCGUUCGGAGCUCACAGUAUUGGAGAUGAUGAAGCAUGUCACGGACUGGAAACUGGUGGAUACAUAUCGAUCAAUUGGAUCAAUCAGAGGAAUGGAAAACCAUACAUCACCAUUGACAAUCGACCAGAAAUUGAUGUGGAUGUGGAGAAGACUCGUCAGAUGAAUUCGAGAGCUUCAAGCAGUUUCGAGAGAAGUAACAACUCGGAAUCUAGUCCUCAUCUCACACAAAUGCUUGGAUUAUUCUCGGAGACGGAGAGAUUGAAGCCAGAAGAAAGUUGGUAUUGUUCGACAUGCAAAGAGCACGUGGAGGCAACGAAACGAUUGCAGUUGUACAGAUUACCGCCGGUAUUGAUCAUUCAAUUGAAAAGAUUUGUGUAUACAGCAUUCACCCAUCAAGCAUCGAUGCACCGUCGAAGUAAAGAUGAGAGGACAGUUGAGUAUCCAUUGGAAAGUCUUGAUAUGUCUCCAUUCCUUUCUGAUACUUCUCCAAAUCAUAAUUCAACAAUCUAUGACCUCACUGGAGUGGUCUGUCACAAUGGAAGCAGCUACUUCGGUCACUACGUCAGUUUGGGCCGUCUUCCCGAUUUCGAUUCAUCAAAGACAAAAAUCGAAUGGAGGAAAUUCGAUGAUUCAAUGGUACAAAGACAACCAUCGGGACAUCUUCAAACCGAUGAUGCAUAUCUUCUUUUCUAUAAAAUGAGAGAUCCAAUGGUGACAAGAGGCAUUUUUAAACGUCACUAUUCGUGCGAUCCCGGUAGUCAAGCAGAAGUCAAGAUUUAG